CACUAACGCGCCGGCGUCAGCUGUGGUUUGUGCGCCACUGUACGCGUGAGCGGUGGUAGUGUAGGUGGUCAUGGCGAGUCGUAGAGCUCUGCACUUCGUGUUCAAAGUGGGAAACCGCUUCGAGACGGCGCGUUUCUAUCGCGAUGUCCUGGGGAUGAAGAUUCUUCGGCAUGAGGAAUUCCAGGACGGUUGCAAAGCUGCCUGUAAUGGGCCUUAUGAUGGGAAGUGGAGUAAAACAAUGGUGGGGUAUGGACCUGAGGAUGAUCACUUUGUCACAGAGCUGACUUACAAUUACGGUAUCGGCAGCUACCAGCUUGGCAAUGACUUCCUGGGUAUCACGGUGGCUUCCAGGCAAGCUGUCAACAACGCUAGGAAGCUGAAGUGGCCGCUCAGUGAAAUGAGAGACGGUGUGUUUGAAACCAAAGCCCCUGGAGGAUAUACGUUCUAUUUGCAGGACUGUAGUCCACCUCAGUCAGAUCCUGUAUUAAAAGUAACUCUAGCAGUGUCUGACCUUCAGAAGUCCUUGAACUACUGGUCUAAUCUACUGGGAAUGAAAAUUUAUGAAGAAGAUGAGAGGGAACAGAGGGCUUUGCUGGGCUAUGCUGAUAACCAGUGUAAGCUGGAGCUGCGGGCCAUCCCGGGGAAAGUUGAUCAUGCAACAGGUUUUGGACGCAUUGCCUUUUCUUGCCCUCAGAAAGAGUUGUCAGACUUAGAAGACUUGAUGAAAAGGGAGAACCAGAAGAUUCUGACUCCCCUAGUGAGUCUGGACACUCCAGGGAAGGCAACCGUGCAAGUGAUCAUUUUGGCCGACCCUGAUGGACAUGAAAUUUGCUUUGUGGGAGAUGAAGCAUUUCGAGAACUCUCAAAGGUGGAUCCAGAGGGAAACAAAUUAUUGGAUGACGCAAUUGCAGGAGAUAAAAGUGAUGAAUGGUUUGCGGCACAAAAGAAACCAAAGGCGACAGGUUAACCGCAGACAUCACAUGCAGCAAGCAUCGGUGAUUCUUGGCCAGCACCCGUGAGGCCUGCUGUGCGCAUCACAUGAUGAAUGCUCUCACAACUUGCUGGUUCCUGUACAGGCAGAGAGGCUGGGGUGGUGACGUAUUUUAAUCUCUAAAAGCUCUGAUACAUUUUAGAAAAUCCUGUCGUCAUCACUUCAUUUAAAGAACUCUGGCUGUCAUCUGUGCUCUCACUGCACGGGUGCAGUCUGCAUGUAACUAUUAGAUCAGUAAUAAAUUCUUCUCCGGGCUGGGA